AACGAAAAAAAGCUAAGAAAAAAAAACUUGAAUCAUCAAUCAAAUUAUAUUAUCAGCUAGGGUUUCUUUUAUCUCCUCCUCUGCCUGCCUAUUAGGGUUUACGAAAACCUAACCACCGUAUCAAACAAAUGGACCCUCUUUUAAAGAAACGUAAAUCCGACGACGUAAACGGCACCACCGAUCUCAUCCAAAACGACGUCGGUCAAUCCCUAACGACACAAGACGCCCGCAAAAUCCUCGAAUCCUUCACUAAGGAACAGCUUUUAGACGUCUUACAAACAGUCGUCGUUCGCGACGUCGCCGUCUUGGAUUCCGUACGAUCCAUAGCAGAUUUUGAUCCCGCACAGAGGAAACUUUUCAUCAGAGGAAUCGGUUGGGAAACCACCACCGAAAAACUGAAAUCGAUUUUUUCGGUUUUCGGAGAACUCGAGGAAGCGAUAGUGAUAACCGAUAAGAACACAGGGAAGAGUAAAGGGUAUGGAUUUGUGACAUUUAAACACGUGGACGGUGCUGUUUUGGCGUUGAAACAACCUAGUAAGAAAAUUGAUGGUCGGAUUACGGUGGCCCAGUUGGCUGCCGCUAGGGAUUCGUUGACUGUGGAUGUUUCAAUGAGGAAGAUUUACGUAGGGAAUGUGCCGUUUGAGAUUAGUUCGGAACGAUUGUUGAGUCAUUUUUCGAGCUACGGGGAAAUCGAGGAAGGACCGUUGGGGUUCGAUAAGCAGACGGGGAAGCAAAAGGGGUUUGCUUUUUUUGUUUAUAAGAGUGAGGAAGGUGCAAGGAAUUCUUUGGUUGAUCCUGUUAAGAAUAUUGAUGGUCAUCAGGUUAUGUGUAAGAUGGCUACUGAUGGGAAGAAGGGGAAGCCGGGUGGCGGUGGCGUUGGUGACGCUACACCGCCCAUUGGCUCGAUGCCUGGGUCUAUGAAUUCGGGUUAUGGUUUGCCAGGUGGGAGAUCAUCGUUUAGUGCAUUUUCUGGCGUGCCUCCGUUGCCUUCUCAUCAGAAUCCGCAUCUGAAUGCUUCUGCGCAUUCUGGAAUUGGAAGUGGUCCUGGGUAUGCAAAUCAGGGGCCACCUGCUUAUGGUACUGGUGGAUAUGGUACUGGUGGAUACGGGACUGGAGCCUUUAGUGGUGGCUCGCAUUACGCAGGUGGUGGGGCUGGUGCUCCGGAUUACCCCGGGCCGAAUAAUCUUGGAACUUCUAUGAACAGAUUGCCUCCUACUCAGGGAGGAUACGGUGAUGGCGGAAAUUAUGGUCAGUCUUCAGCUUACCCAUCACAACCUAACCUGCCUCCAGCUGGUCCAAGGGGACCUCAUGGUGGGAUGUACCAUGGCGGGCCGCCAUAUUAUUGAGCUUGUGGAAGUGAUGGAUUGAGCUCAAUGUGGAUAUUUGAUUCAGGUGUUUGAGAGCUUGUUGGACGCAAAUGAUUUAAAUGCUUGUGCUGAUUUCGUGCUUGGUGUCUAUGGUUGAUAAAUGGAUUGCUGUACCUUUGUUGCUGCUUCACUCUAUCUGCCUAUAUGAUACCUCUUAGUUUAUGUUUACUGUAGUCAGUCAUUAAUCUUUGUUCAGAACUUGCAAACAGCUGUACUUAUUUUUAUGAAUGUUCUAUCAGGCAUCCUUUGCUGUAGUUUGUGUUUGUUUGUAAUGUCUCUAAGCAAAUAAUAGAUGUUUGAUUAUAUGCUAUUCUUGUGUCUGUUUUUUAUUUGUUAUAUGUUUUUGUAUCACCUUGCUGGGUGCUACCUGAGAUUUGCAAGGUUGAAAAUGAUUGGCGAUUUGAGAUUGGAUAAUCUAUGUUCUAUGAUGUUCAUGAUUGCCUUUCCUGUUGUUUGCAUCAGACGAUUUGAGAUAUCAGACUCCCCUAAAAGCUUGUGAUACACCAUGUCUCUUCUUUUCUACAUGUACCAUUUAAAGACGAUUCUCUGGAUAUCUGUAUUCUUUGUUGGGUUCUAUUUAGAUGAAUCAUUCUGGUCAUCAUUUUUCAACAUCAUGAACUAAAAGCUGAUACCAGUCUAUGUCAUUGCUUCUACCAAUACUUAAAGGGACACUGUCUUUUGACAAUGACAGAUCGGCAGUAUUGUUACCUGAAGUUUUUUUUAUGUUAUAUGAGUAUUUGGACAUCUGCUUAGCUAUUUUGGUGGGUUGCUUUAGGAUGAAAGAAAUUUGUCUGAUGAUAGUUUGUAUUGUGUAUAUUUGUAAUGCUAACAAGUUAUGAGGAACUAUAUGUCACACAUUUGUAUUGAACAUGUCAGGUAAAGUGGGCAGCUUGAGAUUCAAAAUGUGGCAUAGUUGUGGCAGCCUAUCUGCAUUAGAUUAAAGCUAAUCAUAUCAUAUCAUUACAGUAUCUAUGCAUGAUGUUAAAUUUUGGAACUGAAUCUAGGUGUAAGUGUGUUUUUUGGUUUCUUGUUAUAUUCAUGAUAUGGACCAUCCUCAAGCAAGGUAGGACAGGGAUUGUUGCUUGCCUUAACAACUCUUGUCUUAAUGUUGAAUUACUUAUUUGUAUUUUGUCCUUGUACAUCUAUAUGUGUGCAGUUUGCUUAUAAGUUGGAGAUUUUAAUGAUCAUGUAGUUUUUCAUAAGAAAAGACAAAAAUAUAACAUCCAAGUGGCCUUUUGUUUGCUUAAGAUGUUAUUGAUGUGUGCAAAGAUUCAUCGUGGUUCAUCCCCCUCUUUGGUUAGCUAAUGUAGCAACCAUACUUCCAAUGUCAUGAUCAUAUUGAUAAAGAUAAUCAUGACCAGCAUGUUUAUUGAAACAUAUAUUGAUGCUGCAGAUUCAUUGUCUGCUCCAUAUCAUGCUUUUGACUGUAAUUUGUGUCUUGUCAGUUUAUCAUACUUCCGUGCAGUUUAAGUUCUUUUACGUGUGAAACCUCUAUAUGUUAGGAUACACAAGUUUACCAUAGAUAAUCUUCUUUUUUUUUUCUCCUCAACUUAUAAGCUAUAAUCCUCUUAAUGUUUUACCAACAUCAACGUUGUGGGGAUGAUAUGACUUUUAGCCUGCUAUCUAGUUGCUAGGUUUUUGAUUGUAUAUUCAUGCUGCUAUUGCUAUAUCCGAAAUCAAUGAUUUUUGACCAGUCAUAAUAUUUCUAUGAAACAAUAUUUUUUCUGCCAUACUUGUUUUUUGCUAUUUGGAAUCCAUAUUCAUGAAGGAUUUCCGAUCGUGCUCACCUACAACAAACCUGAACCUCCCCUCUGCACCCAGCCGUCCACCUUAUUCUUUGAAAGAUACAACAGUUAACUUGCAGCAACUUGGAUCAAGAAUAUCAGGUGUAUUGCAUCAGAGGCCCUUUUAAGUACGCAAACUUAUCUAUGAAUGAAAGUUAUAUUAGAAGCGUCUGAUAUGACAGAACGAGUCCCAGGCCUAGAAUGAAUGUCCAAGUUUUGUGAUAUGAAGCUUCUCUUAGAAACUGCCGAGGAGACAUUCAAACCACCAACAGCCAAUCCAAGUGAAUUUGUAAGAAUCGGAGGUUUGCAAGUCGCAACUAUAUGCUCGAUUUGGCUAGUGAAAGGGUUGUAAUGUAUGUUAUGUGCACAAGUUUGAUAGCAUCUCUGGUAAAGAAAUUGCUGACACCUAUGGGUGGAAAGAUGUCAUCCACUUAUCACAUUCUUUUUGUAGUUUCGUUAUGAUGCAGUGUUAAAUAACAUAACUUCUAAGAUAAAAUGAUGAAUUUUUACAUGUUGGAUAAACCAUUUGUAUAAAUUAAGUGUUUCGUAUUA